AUGGCUCCUGCGGCAUCGGUCGCUCAGGCGACAAGCAAAGCUAAACGGCCUAUGUCCAUUCAAACAAAUGGCAUCAAUUCAUCAACCUCCUCACCAUCCCCAUCAAUGUCCGCCAGUAAACUAGGAUCAGGUCCCAAGAAUUCCCAAAAUUCCAUUACAGCCAAUGGCGUUGGAAACAAUUCAGGGACUCGUUCUGCGAAAGGAAAUCGUUCGGGGCAUACGGUUGGUCGAGGAGUGAAAAAUAAUGGUGCUGGUAUGAGAUCUGGCAGUGUUGCUGGAGAAUUUGUCAUACCACAAGUUGCGCAAUCACAACCAUAUGGUAAUAUCUUGUCGUUCACCGUGGUUUAUACAUAUGCUAAAUCUUUCAGUCAAAACCGAGCGCUACAUACUCAAUAA